CUGUCGUUCGUGCGUUAGGUAACUUAAUGCAGUCAACAAAGGCAAAUGAAAACAGCCCAUUCAGGCGUCUAAGGACAUUUUCUGGAGUUCAUCCUACUCCACCUGGAGAAGAUAACUUAGACAAUUGGGUGGAACAAGCAAAGUUCAUGGUUGAAGAAUACGAUUUUACAGACAGGGAGGAAAAACGAAGAAUCAUUGAAAGUCUCAGAGGACCAGCCUUGGAGAUCAUUCAGGCUGUACGCAUGUCACAUCCAGAUGCAAGACAUAUGGAUUACAUACAGGUCUUGGAGAGUACUUUUGGAACGGUAGAGUCAGGAGAGGAACUCUAUCUUACAUUCAGAGCUCUUCACCAAAAGUCAAAUGAGUGCUUGUCAGACUUUUUGCUUAGACUGGAAAGAACACUGAACAAGGUUGUGCAAAAAGGAGGCCUAAAAGUCAGUGAAGUCAAUAAAGCAAGAUUAGAGCAACUCAUCAAAGGUGAAACAGAGUCUGACAUUCUGCUACUCCAGCUAAAUCUCAGAGAGAGGCAAAGUGACCCACCGUCAUUCCUUAAUUUACUCAAAGAGAUUCGUGAAGAAGAAGAGCACGAGUUAGCCAGACAAAAACUCAAAAAACCAUCAAAGCAGUAUGUUCGCACUGUGCAAACAACUGAAACAGAACCUGAAAAGGAUCAUUCAAUGGAUCUUCAAAAUGAAGUUCGAGAGCUUAAAGAAAAACUGAAAGCACUAAACAAACAAACGGAUAAGAAAGGGUCCAAAGAGACGAAAAAAGUUAUACCUGAAGCGGAUGAAGUGCAGCAACUGAGAAGAGAGGUUAAAGCGCUUCGAAAUCAAAUAAAUGUAAUGUCCGUGAAAUCAAAACACAACGCUAGAGACACAAGUCACUACCCAAAAUUUAAAACAGAACAAAGUGCCAGGCCUACUCAGCCAAAAUCAAAAAUUCCUAAAGAUUCAGAGUAUUUUUGUUACCGAUGUGGAGAGAAUGGACACAUUGCUCCUAAAUGUACCGCUCCAGAAAACUCACAGAAGGUGAUACAAAAGCUCAUAAGACAAACACGACGAAGUACUGAUGUGCAAAAAGAAAGCACUGAAGAUCAAAAUGAGCCUGUUGCUCAUGUUAAUAAGGCUAGUGUACAGAAUCAAAAUUCAGUCAUUCCUCCAGGUCUGAUUGGUCCAUCCUCCAUAGCUGCUAUCAAAGUGAACAACAUCUCCUGCGAUGGUCUCAUGGAUUCAGGAUCCACUGUGACCAUUAUCUUUGAGGAUUGGUAUAAAGUUAGCAUUCCCAAUGUACCUAUCCAACCGAUUUCCAGCCUAGCCAUUUGGGGUUUAGCGGCUGAGUCCUAUCCUUAUAGUGGCUACAUAGUAGUUGAUAUGGAGUUCCCAGAGGAAGUAACUGGUGUUAAAGGUCCGGUUACUGUGCUAGCUCUUGUCUGUCCUGAACCACCACAAGGUCAUGAAGCCCCUGUUGUUGUUGGCACAAAUGCUUUUCUGUUUCGCAGACUGUUUCAGAUUUGCAAAGAAAGUGACAAUGAAAGUAAAGUUAUUUCUAUGAGAGUUAAAGCUGUCUACAAUGAGAUAAAACUUCAGCCACAACUCCUAAAUGCAGAAGAAAAAACUAUUGGACAAGUGAAAUGGAAAGGUCCUGGUUCGCUCACCAUAGCUCCAGGUGAAAAGCUCUAUGCUACAUGUAAAGUAGAUUACAAAGCUACUCAUUGACAAGAUGUUUUGCUAGUUGAAGCACCUGUCAU